AUGUCUCGCUAUGCCGCUGCUCACGCCAAUCCCCAAGGUCUUGGUGAUGCCCGACCCACAGCAAUUCAAAUCAUCAAAGAUGAGGCAAUGGAAGGGAGGCUGACCAACAAGGUCAUCGUGAUAACCGGAACCUCCUCAGGAAUCGGCAUCGAAACCGUGCGUGCUCUUGGAGCCACGGGAGCACGACUUUUCCUGACAGCCCGAGACCUGGCUAAAGCAAAGACAGCCCUCGGUGACAUCUUCGACGCUACCAAGAUGGAGCUCAUACACCUGGACCAGACCUCGUUCAAUAGUGUCCGAGCCGCCGCCGCCGCCAUUCUCUCCAAAACAGAUCAAAUCACAAUCCUCAUCACCAAUGCCGCAAUCAUGGCUAUCCAGGAACGUCAGCUGACGGAGGGUAGCUAUGAGCUGCAAUUCACAACCAACCAUCUGUCCCAUUUCCUCUUCUUCAACCUUCUCAAACCUGCUCUACUAGCUGGGUCCUCGGCGGAUUUUCAAUCUAGGGUCGUUGUGGUCGCUUCUGCUGUGCCCCCUGUCGUCACUCUCAAUUCUUCAGACAACUAUCAUUUCCAGAAGGGUGGUUAUACGCCUUGGGGCGCUUAUGCUCAGUCGAAGCUUGCAAAUAUCUACAUGGCCAAUGAGAUUGAGCGUCGUUUUGGCUCGAGUGGGCUGCAUGCGACUAGUCUUCAUCCUGGUAUCAUUGCUACAGGCUUGGCGCAGCACUUGCCUGCCGAAGAGCUUGGUGCGAUGCUGCAGAAUGAGGAUAUGAUCAAAAUUCAGAAAAGCGUGGAGCAAGGAGCUGCUACUACAGUGUGGGCUGCAAUUUCCAGGGAGUUGGAAGGAAAGGGUGGUCUGUACCUUAAUGAUUGUGCUGUUGCUAAGUGUGGUGAGGAUGAUGGUAAUCAUGCUCUUUGGAUGACUUCCAGCUGCACGUACAAUGUGGAGGAUGAGGCUAGACUUUGGAAGGACUCUUUGGAUAUGGUCGGACUGUCUGAGGAUCACUAA